GUCCCGUUGACUUAUUUUCGUCGAUAAGUUAACUCUCUCUUAGGCACUCGCUUUGGAUCGUCAUUUAAUCUAACAAUUCAGAGAAGAAUGGGUAUAUUUCCUGGAUUUGGUAGCUGGAUCAAUCAGAACACACAACAAUCUCAUGAUCAGGGUGAGUCCAAGAGAUCUGGAAAUGUUAAACAAAAGUCAAUGUCAGAAGAAAAUACUCACGAGGAGAGAGAUGAGAUGAAGGAGCAAUUAAAACUUUGGAGAGAUGAAAAUAAGAAGAAACAAUGGUAUGAUCCCCCUCCUAAGGUGAAGGUGGAAACAAGAAAUGAUCUAGAAUGGGGCCUUUGCCAUAUGCAAAUGGAAUUUACAUUAGGAUUGCCUCCUCAGGCAGCUUACGACGUUUUAACUAAUCCAGACAACCAACCAUACUCCAAAAUGAUCAAAAACCGCGAACUUCUGGAAAACAUAUCAAGAAAAAUUGAGUCGGAGAAUAAAGGAAAAAACAGCCAGAUUGUGGAUUCUGAGAAAGCUUUGUCGUGGAACUUCCUUUGGUGGUCUGGAACUAUCCCAAUACGUCUAUAUUUUAUCGAAAAACCAAGAGAACUUGCUGUACUAUAUGGGAAACAGAAAAACGAAAUGAGAUACAUGGCAAUGUUCGAGGGUAGCUAUGAAGUGGAGCCAAUGUACGUAGACUCGGAACGGUUUUGCAAGCACAUGAAGCCAAAGAGUCGAGAAGAGUACAGAAAAUGUAGUGGCGGACAAGGAAGGAUUGCGUCGAAAGUGAAACUGGACCAGAUCUUUAAGCCUUCUCCUCUUUUUAAUGUGCCACCAAUUUCUUGGUUCAUUCGUAAGGUCACUGUCAAGACCACUAAAACUCUGGCCGAAGAUCUUCAAACUGCGAGUGCCGUGAUCCGAGGUAUUUGA